UGGUACUUUAGAAACAAAAUUGCAUAUGUUAAACUUCAUUAGUCGACUGCAUAGAUACCAGCAUUUGUUGAAUUCUUAGUAUCGAUGAAUAGUCACUGCUUCGGCUAUGGCUAGAGGUAGAAUAUCUUCUAGUUGUACUUUAUAUGUAGCGGAUAUGCCAUGUGAUGAAUACAGGGCAACGCCAGGGUGUAUUGAAGAACAGUAGCCAUGCUAUGAGGUGCCCAUGUUUCAAUGAUCUGCGAUUACAUUACAGCCAGUGCCAUGUGGUGAACCAAAGACUCAUGCAUGGUUCUUAUGAUCAGAUGGGGAUGCUUCAAAACGACUUAACUCCCACGAGAGAUGAUAAACCUGGAACGUUUCUGAUCAGGAACCCAGCUGUGACACUGAUACAGCAAUAUCCCAAUCGUGAAGGACAUCCAAACAGAUACAAACCUCAUUGAAUCAGGGAGAUGAGAAUGAAGCAAGGUAAGAUUAUGAUGGUGCUUGGCACAUGCCUUGGAACCCUGCUGAUUUACACAACCGUGAGUUACACUGGGCUUUCCACGAGGCCAAGCAUCCUUGCUCCACAGCCUUCCAGGCUUCGUGACAACACUCAUGGAGACAUUAUCGUAUCUGUACAAAAGAACAAAGACAGUACAGUGUUGCAGUCAGGUAGUAAAUCCCCCAAACAGGAAGCGUAUAUUAUAAACGGAAACAAAACAACGCUGAACAAUCGAAAUUCUGAGCGAAUUAGACAGAUGCUUCAAAAAGCUGCUUACAAUGCACCUGAAAUACACAUCAGGCGUUCUGAAGCCAGUUUAAGAGAAGACGCACUUGAAAGCACAUUUCCUCCCAGGAAGCCCUACCAAAGCGGGUUUCAGCAAGUGGACGCUCGAAUCUUCAUAUUUUCUGCCAUAUACGAAAUUGCCAACUCCUCAGUGCGUACACUUAUCCUCGUUCCGGAACCAUUCAAGCCUGUCUCUUUCUUCUGCAUACUAAAAAGGUCAUGGGCCCACCUGGGUCAUAGGAUUAAAGGUCGAUUCCAGCACAUCCCUCCAAGUAGAUGGGGUAAUUACAAAAAUCGAUGUGGAUUCGUUCACUGCCCAGUACCUCCCAACAGUUACCCAGAGUUCAUUUCUGUCCUCACUGCCCGGAUGUCCUCCCCCCUCAACGUCCUCCCUGUCAACUAUCCUGGACCCCCCUAUAACCGACUGACGCGCUGUUACCCUGCAGUGCAUGGGAACUUCACUGACGUCAACACACUUGUCACAGCCCUGGAGACCAGCAGAUACUUCGGGACAGACAAGUUCCUGUUCUACAACUACAGCAUACCAGAAGAUGUCAACAAAGUCCUGCUGCACUAUGAGAGAGAAGGCAUUGUGGAGAUGAGGAACUGGAAGCUUCCCUUUCCUCCAGACCAGAUCCACUACUGGGGUCAGAUGGCGAGUAUCCAUGACUGUGUCUUCUCUCAGCUUGGGGUGGCAAAAUACGUUCUUCUUGCAGACAUUGAUGAAAUUAUUGUUCCUAAGAAAAACGUUUCAAUAGCAGAUCUGGCUGACAGACUACUGAAUACAAGAAAACCAACUUCUCAACAAAACGUAUACGGAGCUCUUAUGUUCCAAAAUGCAUUUUUUGCACUCUAUGAAAAUGAGACAAAAUACAUGUUCACUGAAAAGAAGGAUGCGAAGAAAUUCAAAAUGAAUGCAUUCCUGCAUACCAAUAGGUCUCGCAUAAAUGGUCCAAACUACAGAUCAAAACUUCUUGUGAAACCCGAGGCUGUGAAUCUGAUUCAUGUUCACAUAAUGGAGGAGUUCCUUCCUGGCUGGGAGAUGUAUGUAGUCAGCCCAGAAGUCGCUCUCAUGCAUCAUUACCGGGAGAAAAAGGACAGUCAGAGCCUGAAUCCUUGGAGUCAGGAUUUCACCUAUAUUAAAUACAGCAGUAGUCUUAUACCAAAGAUAAAGGAUCGACUAAUAAGUCUGCAAAGUGAACUGGGAAUACAGAUUUGAUCUGGGCCUAUGUUUAUUUGAAAAUUGAGCUGACUUUGCUGUUCUCUUCAUCCAAGUGGAGGAACCAGAAGAUAAGAACUCUGUUGGUAUUGUGAACGAUUAACAGAAAAGAUUAGGGUUUUAACCAAAGUAACUGAAGAAACGACAGGGACAUUUAUUUCAAUUAUUCUGUUGUGAUGUUAGGACAACGGGAACUGGUGCACACAAAAAGACGGAAUCAUAUUGGCUUAAUAUUAAUAUAAAAGGAUCAUCGAGACUCGUUAUUCUCUGGGACCCGUGACGAUUCCGGGGUAGAAUAGGUCUUCAGCAACCCAUGCUUGCCGUAAAAGGCGACUAUGCUUGUCGUAAAAGGCGACUAACGGGAUCGGGUGGUCAG